AUGAGGGACAAGAUCGCGCUUAUUGCGAGGCGUAUUACGUUUUCGAGUAACAUCGUGCUCGGCAUUGUAAACAGUAGCAAAUUGUACAGCAUCGUACUAAGUCUUGACGUGACAACACGCAGAAUUGUAGAUUCCAGCAACAGUGCGAGUACUUAUCAAGUGAUGGAGGUCUUGAGUGACUUUGACGACACUCGCAUUUGGUCUCCUUUCAAAUAA